AUGGAGACGGCCCCCCUUACCCUCGCGCACGCACACGCGCGCAACGCUUCCGCCGAAAACUGGAAGGCGAACUCCUCGCAGGCCAGCGACGAACACAAGCAGGCUGCUGGCGAAUUUGCCAAGGCUGCGACGGGCACCAGCGACCUGGAGGCCUUCCGUGUCCUGAAGCUGCUGGAGAGCCACCACGAGCGCCUUGCCAGCAUCAUCAAAUGCAACCACCAGACCGCUUCGGCGAAGAACCAGCCCGAGGCGUCCCAGCCCACCCAGACGGUCGACGUCCAUCAGCCCUCUGCCGCUGCUGCGCGCCCAACCUCUCCGCGAAGAACACCGCAGUCGCCCCCGAGAGCCACCCCUCGUCGCAAGCCCCCGCGAGACCUGUCUUCCUCCAUCGCCAGCAACUUAGCUUCUGCACGUGGCAUUCCUGGGUCGCAGCGCCGGCCCGCGGCCCCCGCUAUAUCAGCACAGCAUGUAGACGGCAGGAUCCUCAACCGCGCAGAGAGAGCGACUCCACAGGAGUUCAGGAAAGAGGGGACUCAGCAAGCAAGGCCUGUUGCCGAAGCAGAGCCUGUGGAAGGCAGCGAGGAAAAGGAAGGCGCGGAACAUACGGAAAAGGAAGCAUCUACAGAUGAAGGAUUCAAGCGCUUUUUCUCCACGUUCGAGACGUUCUACUCAGCGCUCUCAGCACCGUUGGCUUUUGCGGGUCUUCCUCUCAUGCCAGAGGAGUCACAGGAGCCUGCUUACGAGAAGCCUGCACCGAAAUCGGCGGGCAAGGCUCCUUCACAGAAUGCAGGUGGUGCAGCAAGUGCGAACGCAGACACUGUCCCGGACCCUUCUACCCUCUUCUCCAAGGCCACCUUGAGAGCUUUGGACACAACACCUGGCGCAGCAGAAAGCUUCAUUGUCGUGCCUACCACAGGCGGGACUGUAUCUUAUGCCGGAAUCCUCAACCAUACUGGGAACCAGACUCACGGCGGAGUGCCCUCCCCUAUCAUAGAGCAGGAAGAGCGUUCAUUUGACGGGGAGGAAUUCGUGGACGCUAAUGAGGAGCCUGCGCCACCAUCACCUACAACCACACGCUCAGGGCGUCGUGCACGUCCCGGCUCGGCAGGCAGUCUGGCGGCGGCGACGGAAUUUGGCAAGGGAGGUGCGGUGACGGGAGGAAGAAAGACGAUGGAAGAGCUGGAGUUGGAAAAUGCCAUGAUGCGACAGCUCCUCGAUAAGUUGAGCAAGCGAUUGCACAUGUGGGAAGCAUCAUCCCAGUCGCAGUCUCUAGCGCUUGCGCAAAGCUUCCGAGCACACAGACCUCCGGUUGGAUCGGGCCCGAGUAGCCAUCCGCAAACAGGCGGUCACGCGGCCGAUCAAUCUCACAUGGAACAUCGCUUACGCGAUCUCGAGAGCCAAGUUGAUGGCUUGACGCGCGACAAGGAACUAUUGGAGCGCGAGAACGACAAGGUGUCUCGGGAGAAUGAGAAGCUUCUCAGCGUUCUCGGAAGAUACCGAGAGAAGUGGGAAGUGCUAAAGGCUGGGGCAAGAGGACGGAGGGAGCGAGGCGCUGCAGGCGGUGUUGGUGGUACGGGUGCGGAGACAAGCAGUGGGGCUGGGGAGACGCAGAAUGCAGAAGCUGACUGA